AUGAAUGGUACCAACAUUGCUGGUGUCAUGUACACAACCCAUUCCGUUCUCAAAAGGAGCAUGUGGCCCGCAAAGCGUGGAACUAUCAUCAACGUCUCAUCCGUGACUGGCUUGGAAUGUCCUCCAUUUGAUGGCGAGGCUGUAUAUCAUGCGAAUAAGGCCUGCAUCGAAGGAUUUUCCAAUAGCCUGCGAAUGGAAACAGCUGGCUCGGAUAUCCGGGUUUUGGUACUGCGACCAGGAUGUGUUGCUACCAAUUUCCACUUUCAGAGAGUGAAAUAUGACAAGGAUGCCAUGGAUGAGUUUUUCUACGGUUAUGAGCCUUUGGUGUCUGAGGAUCUUGCCGAUGCAGUUUGCUUCAUGCUAAGCCGCCCUGGGAGAACUUCUAUCAAGGCACUCGAUUGUGUUCCAACUGCACAAAGAUCACUGACCCGAUUUGACCGAGAAUGGAAUUCCAGGCGGAAUGAGAAUGUUGACAGUUAG